GGCGCAUGCGCAUAAGAGAGAGAGUAAUUUGUUGAUAUCCUGUUUGGUAGUCCUUUCCUAUUAGCUGUUUUCCUUUAACAGUUCAAGGGUACUUUUCAUUUAAAGCGCACUGUAACGUCAACGUGUUCAUAUGAAGGGCUAAUGGAAGACACACGGGAUCUGGCUGAACGCACCCCACGUUCAGAACGUAAGCGGAGGGAUUCAUUUGGGAUGUUUGAUGGCUACGAUAGUUGCAGCGAGGAGUCAACAAGCAGCUCCAGCUCUGAGGAUAGUGAGGAUGAAGUGGUGCCCUCCAUCCCUGCCAGUCUUCCCAUCAUCAAGAACAAUGGCCAGGUCUAUACCUACCCCGAUGGAAAGGCUGGAAUGGCCACCUGUGAGAUGUGUGGAAUGGUUGGAGUUCGAGAUGCUUUUUAUUCCAAAACAAAGCGUUUCUGCAGUGUUUCUUGUUCCAGGAGCUAUUCUUCAAAUUCCAAAAAAGCAAGCAUAAUGGCAAGACUCCAGGGCAAACCACCAACAAAAAAAGCAAAAGUCUUACAGAAACAACCUCUAAUGGCAAAGUUGGCAGCCUAUGCUCAGUACCAAGCAAGUCAACAGAACCAGACCAAAUCAAAAGCUGUGGUCACUGCUGAAAGCUUUGACUGGGGUCACUAUAUAUGUGGCAAUAACACAUCUGGUGCUCCAGUCAGCUGUUUCAAGCAUGCCCCUAUGGGGACAUGCUGGGGAGGUAUAGAGGAAGGUGUGAGAAUUGAAGUGCUCAACUCUGACACCAACCACUCCGCAAAGGUAUACUGGAUAGCAGAAAUCAUUAAGCUAGCAGGGUUCAAGGCGCUCCUGCGUUAUGAAGGUUUUGACAUUGACAGCAGUAAAGACUUCUGGCGUAAUCUCUGCAUCCCUGAGGUUCACCCAGUGGGCUGGUGCGCGUCUAGUGGAAAACCUCUUGUACCUCCAAAAAGUAUACAGCAUAAGUAUUCAAACUGGAAAACUUUUCUUGUGAAGCGUCUUACUGGAGCUAAAACACUGCCACCCGACUUUAAUGCCAAGGUCCAUGAGAACACACAAUUUCCUUUUAAAAAGCUGAUGCGGGUGGAGGUUGUGGAUAAAAACUAUCUCUGUCGGACACGUGUGGCGUUGGUGGAGCAAGUAAUCGGAGGUCGCCUCAAGCUCGUCUAUGAAGAGAGCCAGGAUGGGUCUGACGACUUCUGGUGCCACAUGUACAGCCCUCUCAUUCACAAUAUUGGAUGGUCACGCAGCAUUGGACACCGCUUUAAAAGAUCUGACGUAACAAAGAAAAUUGAAGGUCAAGUCGAUGCUCCGCCACAGCUCUUCCAUAGGGUUAGAGAUGUGGACCAAAGUGUGGACUGGUUCAAAGAUGGAAUGAAGUUGGAAGCGAUUGACCCCCUGAACCUCUCAGCUAUAUGUGUAGCCACUGUAAGAAAGGUGUUGGCAGACGGGUAUCUCAUGAUUGGAAUUGAUGGUUCUGAGGCAGUGGAUGGAUCGGACUGGUUCUGCUACCAUGGCACCUCACCCUCCAUCUUUCCUGUUGGCUUCUGUGAAAUCAACAACAUUGACGUGACACCCCCUCGAGGGUACACUAAGCUGCCAUUUAAAUGGUUUGACUACCUCAGAGAAACCGGUUCAGUGGCUGCUCCUGUUAAGUUUUUUAACAAGGAAGUUCCAAAUCAUGGAUUUCGACAAGGCAUGAAGCUAGAGGCAGUUGACUUGAUGGAGCCACGACUGGUGUGUGUUGCUACAGUGACAAGAAUUGUACAUCGUCUACUACGGAUCCAUUUUGACGGCUGGGAGGAUGAGUAUGACCAGUGGGUUGACUGUGAGUCACCUGAUUUGUAUCCUGUGGGCUGGUGUCAGCUGACUGGCUACCAACUCCAACCUCCUGCAUCCCAGAGUAACAGAGAAAUAUCUCAGUCACUACCCAAACAGAAGAAAAAGUCACAGCAGUACAAAGGACAAAAGAAAAAGAGGAAGAUUCCGGUUGGUCGACGGCUCUUCAGUCAGGCAGGCAUGAGGAGGAGCUUCUCAGGGGAUGAAGAGCAGAGUCCGCCCCCAUAUCAUGUUGAAGGGCCAGCUCAGCCCCAACUACGACUCCAAGUCCACCAAACCCACAAUUCAGGCUCCCUCCUACGAAUGAAAGAAGAGACAAUGGAGGUGGAUGAGUUCAACUUUUCACAGGGCACCUCUGACCAGGAGAGCAAUGGCUCUGGCACCUACUAUAUCAAGCAGGAGCCCUAAGAUCUGAAGAUCGGAACAGGACAAAGAGGGAAAUGACAGUUCUCUGCAAGGAUCAAUCCAAACUGAAAUGGCACACAGAGAUGCAUAUUUCCAGUGGAGAAGUAAGGUAUUUUCUGCAGUCAUUUCUAAGUGUGUGUACAAAGCCAAGUUUGGAAAAGCACCCAGGACUUGGUCACAAAUGUUUGACCGCUCUUUUAUCUUCUUUCUCGUGUCAACUGUUUGAGCAUUAAAACCAAUGGUAAAAAUGUUUUUUUUUUGGUUCUGUUUUUUUUACCUUUUUCUGUGUAAGUGGAGCUCCUCUGUACUUAAUGUCGCCCCAGACCUGUAUAAACUGUGAUUUUUGUAUGGGUGGGCUGGGUCUUUGCUUGUGUUGAUUUGUUUUCGGGUAGGUUAGCCACUGAACACGAACAUUUAUUUUAAUAAUUUGUCUGAUAUUAAAGGCUGGCACAAGUAAGAAUAAAUAUAUAUAUAUAUAUAUAUAUAUAUUCUGAAUUCACACAGGACAUAGUUGAUCUAGUACUUGAAUCAUUUUUGUUUUUUUAUGUUGAUUUUGGUUGGUAGUAGGUUUUACACAUGAAUUUGGUGGCUGUGUGGUGAAAAUAUUGUAAAUGAAAGUGGUUAUAUUUAUAUACUAUGUCAAUAAUUAUUAAACUAGAAGUGCAGGGUGUAGGUUGUGAAGGAUGUUGGUCAUAAUACAGUUAAAAUACAAUGCUGCAUAGAAUAAUCAAAAUUGUCAUGGAAUAUUUCUUCUGUAAUCGUUUUUCAGAGAAACAUUUUUUUUUUGUUCGGCCCUCAGUAAUGUGUUUAAUAAUAAGAUGUCCCCUGACUCACCUGGCAUGUACCCCUCGGAAAAACGGAACAUUGUUUUGCUUGACAUAUUAUCAGUGCCACCAAUAUGCCAUCUCUUUUUGCUCAACUUUUUCAUCCUGUGCUAUUGGUCUAUUGAAGACACCCACCUGGUUAGUUUGCCAAAAGAGUUUGGAAUUUUGAUUCUCUCCUGCUUUUGAAAUGUGUGAGCAACCAAGAAAAUUGUCAACCGUUGACAUUCAAAACAGAGGCCUCCAUUGCACCAUUGGUCGACUAUGGUCGCCCAGAAAUGGGAGUAGUUUUUACAGAAUGUCAUUCUUUUUGUAUUGCUUUAGUUUCAUAAAUUCACCAAAACGUUGCCGUCAUCAUGACUCAAUACUGUAGAUGGGGCAUCCCUCCCUCUCAAAUACAAGAACCUGCAGUCACGCUUACUCCAUGCCACACCUCACCAUUUCAGAUGACCUGUAGAGAUGUUUCUAUAUACGUAUUGUCACACACUUAAUGGGGGAAUCAAUUAUGAAUAACUCUCGGAUUGUUUUAUUUAAUUUUGGGGGCAGCAGUAUGUAGAGCAGGUCAUCCUGAGACUGAAGGGUUGGUGGUUUGAAACCUGAUUCGUCUCUUCUCUACUUGUAUUGUGUCCUUGAGCAAGACUCUUCAUUAACCUUGCCUCAAGUGGAUGAAUACUGGUGUAUGAAUGUGAAUAAAUGUUUGGUGGUGGUUGGCCAGGCUGUUUGCUAUUAAUGAGCAUCCAGGUUUCUGGCAGUCCACCCCAGAGAAGCUGUUGCUAGUGGAGUAGAUUGCCACAAAAAAAUGGGUUUAGUUUGUUCUAUGAUGGAACUUGUAACUUUAGUAAUUAUCUAAAAUAAGUUAUGCCAUUGAAAUUAAUUUAAAAGUCAUUGUUCCGUUCAGCCCCCCAAACAGCACAAUUUCAACAUGAAACAAACUUUUUGAUAAGAAAAACAAACUUCUAUUGACCUCUCCAGAUCUUGUAUGAAAAAAUGCAAUACAAUACACUGUAGUAGUGUAGGGUUUCUCCUGCGAGCUGCUUCUCAGUCAACCACAGUAUCAGCAAUUUUUCAUAUUUUCAUGGAUGAUAUUUUCAUUUGUAAAUUAUUCAAACACCCUUGGUUGGCACAUUAUAGUCUUUAUCAACUUGUCCUGAAUCAGUAUAGAGGGGCAGAAGACUGCUCUUCUUUUGAAAUCAUAAAGUGGGGUAGCAAUGUAUUUUUGUUAUUGAAGCAGCUGGUUGUUAUUGUUAUUUGCUGUUUGACACAAUACACCACCCUCCAUUUUUAUAUAUUUUUUCUUUUAUAGACUUUUUUUAAUGAAGUUUGCUGAAACUUUCUUUUAGUUCGUUCCAUCACAAUACAACUGCUAUAGAGCUUUUUGCUUUAUUAUAAAAAUAUUUGUGAAUAAUUGAAGGAUUAAGAUGUAAAUUACUAUUAACUCUCUUAAAUAAGAGCACAUGUCAGCAAGUGGAUUAAUUAGAAGUAUUUAUCUGUAUAGACAUAUUGUAUAGGGUGUCUGGACACAUAGGCAAACAUGCAUAUUUACAAGAAGUUACAUUUUAUAUUGACGAACAUUUUUUUAAUAUGAUUUCCGACAUUUAUGAUGCAAAGGUUGAUUUAUAUGGCAAAAUGUACGGGAAAUCAAUGAAAUAUCUUCACAUUCAAACUGCAGUGUUUACCAAAAAUUAAUUUUGCGACCUGACACAAAUACAUUUGGGCCACCACAUGCGCUACCUGUUUGCCCCUGCUCAUAAACACAUUGGAAUGUCCUGUGAGUAGGCCAUUGUUUUUUACAAUAAAGUACAAUAGUUAGCAGUAUGCAACGUAACAGCAUCUGAACACACCUCGUACACAAUUGGUCUGCUGGAGUAUAAAAAGAUGUACCAGUGUCAGCAAAUUAGCAACUUUUGUUGCUAUAUUUAGUUGGUAUGCAGACCUCUCUCAAAGCAGUCACCAAUAUUAUUGGAGACUGCUUUGGGGCCCUACCCCAUCGAAACAAACACCAAUGGCUGUCUUGGUAAAAAAUACAAAAUGAGGCGACAGAAGACCCAUCCAUCCAUUUUCUACCGCUUGUCCCUUUCGGGGUUGCUGGAGCCUAUCUCUGCUGCGUUUCGGGUGGAAGGCAGGAUACAACCUGGACAAGUACAAUUUUGUAUAUUUCUAAACAAAUUUAACAUAUUUUCUGCGCUAUAGAGCACACCAGUAUUUAAACCGCAAAUUUUAGACAGAAUAAAUAUUGACAUAUAUUAGCCGCACCGGACUACAAAUACAUAUACUGGUACAAGAUAUUUUGUAAAUGUUUAUGAAUUAGUUUAAAAUGGCGCCUGUCACUAGGCAGUAAAACAGCUCAUCAGACAAAAGAGAAGUCAUCGUCAGGGACCCACUAGCUGCGUAGGGUAGCUCUCCAAUCAGCUAAACAGACUCAAUAACUCCACGGUGACGUUUUGGUGAAUUUAUGUAACUAAAACUAUCCAAAUAGAAUGACAUUGUAAUUUGAUGAUACUAACACAAUGAAUGAAGAAUCCUUUCGAGCAAAGACUCUAUGAAUGAAUACUUCUCUUUAAAAGAACGAACCAGGAAGUACAUUUUCAACUUGAAGCCCCUGCAGUGAGUGAGCUCGUUCAAAAGAUGGCGCCGUAGCACAAAAUAUAAUACACCUUUUCAGUGUCAUGUAUGAAAACUAUUUCUUGAACACAAUACAUGGCUGUUAGCAAAGAAAAAUCCAUAAAUUAGCUGCACUGUUUUAUUUGCCGCGGGAUUCAAAGCAUGGGGAAACAUUUGCAUCUUAUAUUUCGGAAAAUACAUUUAGAUUUUCAUAUGUUUGACCCUCAUAUUUUUUCCUUCCAACUUUAGUCCCUGCUCCUGCAGCGUCCACAUGUGUCAUUGCUCCCUGUGCAAAUUAGAUAGUGUAAAUCAUAUUUUUUUCAAUUAAAAAAAUCAUAGCAAUGUAUGUUUUAUGUAAAUACAUGUUACUAUGAUACAAAUUAGUUAACUGUUCAUUGUAACAACAGGGUUGUGAAUGUUUUACUCAAUAUACUUUUUAAUAAUGCUAAACAAUUGAAGUAAAACAUAUAGAGCCCCCUUAAAACAUUUGAACAUUUCUCUAAAAUACUGAUGUAUUUUUACGUUGUAGAAUUAUUCACACAACUUAAUAUUGAAAAUUGUUCAACAUGGAUACCACUUAAUCGCUAAGUGAUUCCAAUCAUCAUAGUAUCAUAGUUUUCACCGACUCCUUCUGCUUCAGUAUGGUGGGGAAUUGCUCUCCUUUGCCAUAUACCUGACGACUCAAUUUAAGAGAAUUAUUUUCUCUAGAGUUGCCCAAAAAACUUAAGAAUCAUCAUCAACAUCAUCAUCAUUUUUGUCAAAAAGCAAUGCAAUCAGUCUGGAUUUCAGCGCUUUACCAUUUCCAUGAGUUGUAUUGUUUAUACAACAGCUGUGGGCCGAAUGCAAAAAACACAUUUUGUCAAAAAAGAAACUUGGUUGCACACGUAAUUGUUACAAAACUCUGGAGUGUUUUCCAGUUUUGGUUAAAACUGUGAACCAUAUUUACAUCGCAGUCAGUCCCAAAAAUUCAGAAAGUUCUGGAGUGGUUGUUGCAGAUGUCACUCCUAUUUAGAGACCUCAGGCUGAGGAUAAUUCUAAAUAAAAUUUAGAGAAAAAAUGUUAUUGAUAACUGCACUUGAAUUAAGUCACAGACCGAAACUGAAAUGUUACAAAAAGAAUGCCAUUAUAAGAUAAUAAUACUAACACAGACGUGUUUGCAUAUGAGCUAAUGCUAACAAUCUUAGCUUCAUUGCAUUACAUUAGUACGUACAAAUAUGCAUGAAAACACUCCUACAUGUAUCACAUACGUGACGGAUUAGUGAAUAAGAAUUGUUUCAGUAAUAAUGUAAAACUUAUAAACAUUGUUUGGAGUGAUGAAUGAAGAAUCUAUACGAGGAGAAACGCUAUGGACUGCUCGAAGACAGAACAACAUGUUUACUUCUGCUUGAAAUGUCACUCUAAACAGAAGGGCACAGCAGCACCUGCAGCGAGCAAUAAAGCUCGAACCCACGCAAGAAACGUUGCAUCAUGUUGAGGUAUCAGAGGACAGCAGAGUAGCACCCGUCGUCAUCGUUGUUGGCAGAUUCACGUGCGUAAAGUUGACUAUAAGCAAUAUGUAAAUACAGUAUACACAAACUGGUGUUUUUCGGAAUUGGUUUCAAGGUCAACCGACUACGUAGUUCAUGAAUCCCCUUGGCCACAUAAUGACAUACAGUACUGUGCAAAAGGCUUAUUUAUUACUUUGAUUAUCCCGGACGCAACAAUCACCUUGACAAGGUAUCAGGCAACAAUCCAGUAAAUCUUGUUGAGGAUCUUUUAACCCACUAAAAAUCAAAUUUAUAAUAUCAGUUCGGAGCCUAACUGUGUCUUUUUCAUGGUCCUGUAUGUUUAAAGUCAUUGGAAAUUCAUGUAAUGCAGUUUAAUUCCAUACAAACAAUAGUUACGAUGAAAGAAUCUAUAAAACAAAAAUAUGUACAGUACAUUGUUUUUAUUAAACUGGGUUAUACAUAACUGGUGUAUAACUGCUACCUCCUAGUGCAGCUGAAACAACACCCAGGUGACAAUAUGCAAAUAAAGAGACAGUUUAUGAGACUUGAUAUGCAAAAAAUAUUGACUAACAAAAGGUAUUAUGAUGAAGAAACUACAGUACUUCUGACAUGAUUGUUGCAUAUGUGAUUACAAACAGAUAUUUAACAAGAAUAAUAUUUAAUAGCUUUGAUGUGAACAUUUUGUAUACAAAAAAUGGCUGUUUUUUACACUUCAAUGUGGUAGGCGAAGAUGACAUUUUACAUUAUGUACAAAACAAAAUGUUAACUCUUUGUGUGAAAAGUGUAGGGGAAAAGGGGAAAUGACAUUGGUGCUCGGUUUGUUAUUUUGCAGGGUUAUGCAUAAAUUACGCCACCCAUCAACGUCGGUGGAUUAGAUUAGAUGAUUAGAAAUGAGAAAUAAUUCCUUUUAACAGCACUCUACAUGAACUGAAAUUACCCUGUCAAGCAAUAAACUGACCGUUCCAGGAUUUGAUCUACUCAGUAGAGGAAUUGAUUGGUAUUGCAUUCUUUCUCCUACAAGACAUUGUAGGGUCCCGGUACACCAUGGAUGUCCAAAUGUUUUCCACCAAGGGUCGAUAAAGAACUAAGAAAAUGUGGUGUUGGCCCGUUUUGAUACUCUUCAUAUUAACAUGACCAGUCAAUAUAAGCAGGUCUGUAGAUGACUAUAUCCAAAAUAUGUCAAAAAUUUAAAUUCAUUAAUGUUCCUGAUUAUCGAAAUACUGUAUAAAUAUUGCACAGACCGAUACAUUUUCUCAUUUGAUUUUUGUCUAAUUCAAAAAAAGUUUAAUAAUAAACAAAAAUACCAUUACUCAAGAAUGCAUGACUACUAGUCUCAAGUCUUCUAUUUGUAGACGGACUACCAUAUAUUUUUUUAUUUUUUACAACUUUAUUAAAAUUAUUCCAAUAGGCCAAUACUUCUAUUUUAUCUUUUUUUGCGUGCACCGCAAACCAUUUUUUUUCUUGUAAUGAAUCAUUCUUGGUAGUAUUCUGGUGGAGACUGUUAAAUGUUGUUCUAUCCAAAUGUUGUACUUUUUGCCGCUGCAUUCGAGACCGAGUUUGUGAAUUUUGGGCUUUGCAACUAUGCUACUGUAGCUAGCGUGCCAGCAGAAUGUGCGGAUACUUUGUGACGCAAUAGGGACAUGCUUCAAUAGACUGUUGCUAAAGAGCUAAAUGACAAUUUCAUAUGCAACAUGCUACAACUAGCACAUAGAUUAUAUGAUCAUAAAGUCAAACAACUUGUUUCUCAGAACUGUGUAAUGGUUUUCUUUUCAGUUUCAAUUCCAAUCCUUCUUGCUAAUAUUUGAAAGGAUGCAGACUGUUCAAUUUGUUUUUUUUUCUUUUUUUAAUAUCACAAAUAUCACACUGUUUAUUUUGAAUGUUGUUUAUUUUUUGGCAAUAUCAUCAUAAAGUCUAAGAAAUUACACUGCCAGUUGUUGCAAGAAGACUAUGAAGACAGCUUUUAGAGAUUUGGUAAUAAGACAAAAUAAUUAUUGAUUCAUGAAGUACAUAGCUGAAUUUCCCCUAGGGAUCAAUAAAGUACUUUCUAUUCUAUUCUAUUCUAUUCUAUAGUGCAUUACAACUGUUACCUGCUGCUACCCCCUCACUGGAAACACUCACAAAAUCAUCAAGUACAUAAUUCUUUUUUCUAUUCAAAAUAUCCAAACAAAGCUAAUACAAGUCACAACCCCCUUAACAGUAGAUUUUCAGGGAGACAUAACUUGUUUGUAGGCAAUAGAUCUCCUGAGGAAAAACAUUCUACUUUUGAGCAUCACAAGUUUCAUACAAGACACAAAUCAACACAAUACUAAAAAGUAUUGCUAAUAAGUUUUAAUUGAUAAUUUUCUUUGUCAGUAAAUCAGUAUAGCUACUAGGGGUGAGGGAAAAAAUUGAUUCGAAUACGAAUCGAAUCGAAUAUGUUGUGCAAUUCAGAAUCGAUUCUCUUUUUUAUUUAAAAAUCGAUUUUUUUAUUUUUAUUUUUUUAUUCAUUUAUUUUUUAUUUUUUUAUCAAUCCAACAAACCACUACACAGCAAUACCAUAACAAUGCAAACCAAUUCCAAAACAAAACCUGACCCAGCAACACUCAAAACUGCAAUUGAGGAGACACAAACACGACACAGAACAAACCAAAAGUAUUGAAACAAAAAUGGAUAUUAGCAACAACAGUAUUAAUAUUAGUUAUAAUUUCAGCAUAGCAGUGAUUAAAAAUCCCUCAUUUACAUUAUCAUUAGACAUUUAUAAAUAAAAUGAAAAAAAAGAACAAUUGUGUCACAGUGGCUUACACUUGCAUCGCAUCUCAUAAGCUUGACAACAAACUGUGUCCAAUGUUUUUACAAAGAUAAAAUAAGUCAUAUUUUUGUUAAAACAAAUUUACAUUAUUGCAAUCAGUUAAUAAAACAUUGUCCUUUAUAAUUAUAAAAGCUUUUUUUUUUUUUUUAAAUAUACUACUCUGCUACCAUGUCAGCAGACUGGGGUAGAUCCUGCUGAAAUCCUAUGUAUUGAAUGAAUACAGAAUCCCUUUGAAUCGGAUAGAUAUCAAUUUUGAAUCGAGAAUCUUGUUGAAUCAAAAAAUUGAUAUAAUCGAAUCGCGACCCCAAGAAUCGAUAUUGAAUCGAAUCCUGGAACACCCAAAGAUUUGCAGCCCUAGCUGCUAAGUUUUAAUUGCUAAUUUGCUUUUUCAAGGAAUCUUACCCAGACAAUUUUGACUUGUUCCAUUGGCAGAUUUGUUUUCUCAUUACAAGCAAAAAUAUCUUAAAAUGAGCAUUAAAAAAAAAUCUGCCACUGGAACAAGUCAAAAAUAUUCUUGGUAAAAUUUCUUGAAAUUAUAAACCUAUCGUUAGGUAUAUUUUUAUUAAGUUUUGUGUCUUGUGAAAAUUCAGGUGCUCAAAAAUAGUAUUUUUUGCCCAGAUCUAUUGGCUAAAAACAAGUUCUUAUGUCCCACUGAAUAAUUGCUAUUUAUGGCAUUGUGCCAUGUAUUAGGUUUGUUUAGAUAUUUUGACUAAAAUUGAGAAAUAUAUGCUUGGUGAUGUGAGUUUUUGCAGUGCUCCAAGAUACACAAAAUAAUGCACAAUCAAUACUUGUACUACCUUGUAUUAGUUGUAUUUCAUCGGUUGAAAGGGCUCUGUAUCAAUCAAGGAGUUUGACUUUGGGUGCUUGAUUUAAAUGAAAAAAGUAGUUUUUUGUAUUUAUUUUAUAAACAAUGUGUGCCCCGGGAGCCUUUUUCAGCAUAAAGUUGUUUUUUUAAUUAACGUUUGCAUAUUGUAAAAAAAAACAUUAGUGACAAACAUUAUUUGAUAUUGCCCUAAUUUGCUUUGUCACCUUCAACACAAAUCAGUGAUGUGGAUGUUUUGUUCAGAUAUAUUUGCAUCUCCAAUAAACAAAAUGCAUCCUAAAAUUUGACUUUAUGAGGCCCUCUGUGCAAAAAGUUUGGACAUCCCUGUUGUGAAGCACUAUUCAUUUUUCUAUGUGUUUUCAUUUGACCUGCAUUAUGGAUUGGGGAUGUCCAUUUCCAAUUCUCACCGAGAUGAGGACAAAUCCUAACCAUUUAUCAGGACAUUCAUUGUCUUUGUUCCCUGGUGUAGGUAUGGACUCACACAGUAAUGCAUGUCUUAAUUAUUGUAUGUACAAAUUAUUUUUUCUGUUCUUGGAUACUAACACGGGUCUUUUUAUGUGGUGUUUUCCUCAGUUACAGUAGGUUGAAACCUUCUAUUAAUGGUGCUAUAUAUAUAUAUAUAUUUGAUAAAAAAUGGCUACAUCUAUUGGGAUCACCAAAUAAUGUAAGUUGAGAAUUAUUUUGGAUACAAAUGUGCAUAUAAAACAUGAGGUACAUUAUUCAAAGUUUGUACAUGUCAUAUUGCUUCUCUGGUUUGAUACAUUUGUGUUUUGAUAGUUGUUAAAUAAAACAUGUGUGAAUCAUUAUAUUGUUUACAAACCCUUUCUGCAUGGCCGUGAGUAUUUUUGUGGUGAUUUUGGUCAUGUUUACCUUUUACAUUGAAUAAAAUACUGACUUCUAA